GUUCGUCAAAAUUGCAGAAAUAAAAAUACAAAAUUCUCACCGGAGAGGGUCAGCAGACCAGCGAGCCCUGGACCCCAUUUGGCCAUUCCCCCACCCACCACCGCGAUGGCCUCGCCGGAGCAGCCCAGCGCCAAGCGUAUCGCCGCCCCGGCGCUGCUGCCCCCACUUUUGCGCCUCAACGACGACCUCCUCGCGGAGAUCUUCCUCCGCCUGCCCGCCCUCGCCGACGUCGGGCGCGCCGCCACCGCCUGCGCCGCCUUCCGCCGCGUCGUCGCCGACCGCGCCUUCCUCCGCCGCCUUCGCUCCGUCCACGCAUCGCCCCUCCUCGGCUUACUGGUCUUCUCAUCCAUCCACCCCGCCGAGCCGCCCCACUCCAACGCGUCCUUCGCACGAGCUCUGCAGCGGGCCGCCAACCUCUCCUUCUCCUUCGUCCCCUCCGCCGGCCGCUGGAUCCCGGUCGACGCCCGCGACGGCCGCGUCCUCCUAGAGCGCGAGGCCAUGAGCGGCGACUUCGCGGUGUGCGACCCUUUGUCCCGGCGAUACCUCUUUCUCCCCCAGAUCCCCGGCCGCCCAGCCGCGCAGCGCCGUGGGCGUCUGGAGCCGUUCCUCGUCCCCGCCAGCGAGGAGGACGCGGAAACAUCGUUCAGGGUGGUCUGCGUGGUGGAGUGCAAGCCUGGACGGCUGGUCGCCUUCGUCUUCUCUUCGGCCACUGGACAGUGGGAAAGUCUGACCGUGGACGCCAGCGUGCAGCCCUCUUUCAAAUUUUCAUGGUCCUCCUACGCUUGCGGCUGCUUCUACUGGAAUGUGGCUGGGACUAACAAAUUUCUUGUGCUCGACCCGCGCUCGAUGGAGUUCUCCUCCGUCAGUAUCCCGUCUGGUCACGGCCAGCAGGAUUCUGUAAUUGUGGAGGCAGGGGAAGGCAGCAUUGGGAUGUUCACUGUUUACAACAGCAUUAUUUCUGCCGCAUCUUACCUCGUUUACACUGUUCGAAAAAUUGACGAAGAAGGCAACAGCAUGUGGCAGUUUAAGAAGAGGGUCAGGUUGCCCUCCCAAUACAUUUUCAGCUUUGCAGAUGCAAUGGAUAGGCACUUACUCCUCCGUGGGAUUCCAUGGAAUUUGCACCUGGGGUAUUCUAAUGAUGAGGUUGACAUAGGAUACUUCUCCGUUGAGUUUCAGUCUAUGCAGAUUGAGAAAAUGUGUGACUUGAAGCAUCUUUUAUAUGCCAAACUGUAUACUGGUUUUCCACCAUCAUUGUGUGUACCGAGUAUAUGAAGUGGUAACUGGAGUGCUGGUUUCGGCCUGACAGCCGGACAGUCAUCAAUGGCUCGCUAGCUGAUAGCUCAAAAAUGUGCAACGAAGUCUGAGAGCUCUAGAGAGGUGGCUGCCAUAUUUUCGGACGGGCAUGUUCAGAAGAAUGGCGUCACAACAGCCAACAAGCCCUGGGCCCCUGACUUCAGCCUGCUGGAGAACUGCUACUGCACCACAUCGAAACAGAACCACGGUGUGACAUUUGUAAACAAGAGAGCGGACCGACACAUGUAUAUUUGUAGUGUUACCGUGACUCACACAGCAAUUUUGUACAUGAUUUGUUGAGCUGAUCGCUUUUGUAGAUUUAAACACACAUGAGGUAUGAAUUGGGUUGGAGAGGGGGUGGCGAAGACUUGCAAAUAUCUAUGUACAACCACGCUAGUGCAUGCGGCAUGCCUUGCA